ACAGCAUUGUCAAGCACAAAGCACCAUUGGAAAACCACUAUUCACCAGCAAAUCUAGUCAUGGCCCUGUUCAAGAUCACCCUUAUCUGCUGCGCUUUGAUCGCCGCCAUCGAGUGCGCCCUUCUCCCAGCUGCUGUUCCCGUGGGAGUGCCUCUCAACACGGAGGUGGAUCCGCAUCCGCAGUACGCCUUCGCCUAUAAUGUGCAGGAUGCACUCACCGGGGACAGCAAGAGCCAGCAGGAGGUGCGGGAUGGAGAUGUGGUCAAGGGCUCCUACUCGGUGGUGGAUGCCGAUGGUUCGCUGCGCACCGUCUUCUACACCGCCGAUCCCAUCAACGGUUUCAAUGCGGUGGUGCAGCGAGGACCAGUUCCGGUGGCUGCUCGCCCAUUGGUGGCUCCAGUGGCUGCUCCACUCUUGGGCUAACUCCGCAAUCUCCCAGAGCUUUUUCCUAGCUUUUACAUAACUUAUUGUCUGCUCCUUAGUCCGUUGUAAAGUCAGUAAUCAUUAAACAAUAAACUCAAUAAGCCAAACUCAUA